UCAUUGUGAAUGAAUAUUUAUCGGAUAGCUGUUGAGAUUUUUAGAUUUUUUUUUUUUAAAUUUCCAUUGUAAAUAUUCACGACUAACAUUCUGUUAUUAUUUACAGAGUUGAUAAAAUGGCCAAGUCAAAGAAUCAUACCAAUCACAAUCAAAACCGCAAAGCCCAUCGUAAUGGCAUCAAGAAGCCAAAGCCUAAGGUUCAUGAAUCAACCUUGGGUAUGGAUGCCAAAUUCGUUCGCAACCAACGAUUCGCUCGCAAAGGCAAUGUCGGCGUUGUUGAAGCACGCAAACGUCAUGAAGAAAAAUUAAAGAGCCGGGCUGACCGACCAAAGGCCGUCAAAUUGUAAAUGGGAAUUUGUGUGAUUCCAGCGAACUCCUGAUUUUUUUUUUUUCAUGAUAUGAAAAUAAAAGUUUCUAUUAACAACAAAUAGAGCAAUAAAAAAACUAACGU